GGCGGCGGCGGCCUGUACCGGCGGCGGCGCCCCGGGGCGCGCGAGGUCGGAGCUGCUGCAGGCGAGCGCGCAGACGCUGGCCGUGCUGCAGCUCUGCCUGGGGCCGCUGGGGCGCAGGAUGUCGUCCGCGGUGCCGCUCCUGGGGUGGCUCGCGAUGGCGAGGCUGGCUCCGCUGGUGCUGCGCCAGCUCGCCCCGCGUCGCCUGGACGACGACGUCGCCCAGAAGCGCCGCUACGGGCCGCAGCGGCUCGAGGCCUUCCUGCGCCGCCCGGACGAGCGUCUGGUGGAGGAGGUGGAGGACGUGGUCGGCGGCCUCACGCCGUUCCUGCCCCGGCUCCUGGGCUGGGCGGCGGGACCCCGCGGGCGCCACGAGCAGCUGCGGCUCUCCGUCGCGAUGCUCCGGAACGAAGGGUCGGGCGUAUGACCGCCGAGAUCCGCGGCGAGCCGACCGGCGGGGCGCCGCUGUGCCUCCGGAGAGAGGUCGAAGUGCCGCCGUUCGUGGUGUGCCUCGUGCUCGCGCGAGGGGGGGCGGAAAAGAUGGCGCGGUGCGGCAGCGUAGCCUCGCAGUGGGGGCCCGAUUGCUGGGGCGGGUGA